AUGGUACCGUAUCGACAACAACAACAGCAAGACAGCGACACGGGUAGCAGGAGACGACGCAUCAUUCCUACGGGCGAAGAGGCUCUACAGUCGGCCAUGAUGGCUCGCAGCAUUCGCAAGCGCCGCAAUAGUCGGCGUAUGAAAGUACCGCCCAAGAUCAAGGAUUCUGUGCUGGUACCGGUACCGGUAGACAAUGAUGAUGAUAAUCAGACGACAAUUGCCCCCACAACCGCUUCUCUCCUGGAACAGCCUCUUCGCCUGACGACUCGCAAUGGUCGGCUGUACAAUGACGUAUAUCAGGACGAUGAAAUUGCAGAACGAAUGAAGACAACGGAAUCCUAUCGCCGGAGAAAUCGGCUUCUAGACACUACCCACUUGUUGCCACCUGCUACCGUUACUACCCGUAUUGGUACUACCAAGACAAAGAAACCAAGCUUGCCAGCAACAAAGAUGCAGCCACAGUCUUACCAUAAUAAGCCAGCAAUAUCACCACAAGGCAUCCAAAGAUCCAAUGGCAUUGAUUUACCCUACUCAUCCACCAUUGAAGCCCUCAAGGUGUACUAUCAAAUCCACGGAGACCUGGUCAUGCCACGAAGAUACCUAGUGCCGGCAGAGCAGGUCUAUCCCAAAGAAUGGCAUGGUGUCGAUCUUGCCAGUACGGUAUAUGAUAUGAAAUGGUGGCUCCAACAUGUUCAGCAACAACAUGAACGGGUACAGGAACUCAACAGCAUGGGAUUUCUAUGGGAACGACUGCAACCCGAAUGGAAUCUAGUAUUGGAAGCCUUGAUCACGUACUCGGCACUUCAUGGACACGUCAUGGUGCCAGGAAAGUUUGUCGUCCCCUAUCAAGACACGCAAUGGCCCAAGGCUACCUGGGGCAUUCCCUUGGGCAAUUGCGUCUAUCGCAUUCGACAUCGGGAUGAUUUCCUCAGAGGUGACACGGCCGAUUCACGACGCGAUCAAUUGGAUGGACUCAACUUUGUCUGGGACGUGCAAGAAUAUAGAUUUCAACUAUUCUACACGGCACUGAAGCACUUUUCCGAUCUCCUAGAAGCAGCAAGAAAGGGAAACACGGCAGCUCUACGGGUACCCUCCACGUUUGUCGUCCCACACAAUGACAACGCCUGGCCCAAGGAUCUGUGGGGAUACCCCCUCGGGGCCAAAUGCUCAGCGGUUCGUCAAAAACAGCUCUACGUCAAGGGGCAUCCACAUCGACAACAGUUGUUGGAGAAUUUACGAUUUCAAUGGCAUCGGGGGACUGGUAAUGCCAGUUUGGGGUGGUUAAAGGUAAUGCAUGCCGCUGCCAUCUACUCCAAACUGCAUCAUCGCAAUUUGGAUGUUCCCUACAGUUUCAAGGUGCCACAUCCGCCCAAAAAUGCCGACCCAGAGAUGAGAGUCGAUACUUGUACCGCUGCCGAUGACAAUAACGUGUGGCCGUGGCCAGAGUACAUCUGGGGCUUUCCUCUGGGGCAACGGCUCAAGGACGUGCGACAAAAGGACGCCUACCUCAAGGGUAAAAGUGGGGAAACUAGACGGCGUCAGCUUGAUGCGCUGGGGUUCAAUUGGACACCGAAACGAGGACGACCCAAAAAGAAAGGUUGA